ACGCAAAGACAUUUGAGAGCGAUAUCGCACUGAUUCGUCUGAACCAAAGUGUCCAAAAUGAUGAUAAUAUUCAAGCCAUUUGUUUGCCUCAACUCAUGCAAGAUUUUAGUGGUCGAGACGGAUAUAUAUCUGGCUUUGGUGUACUUGAAUCGGAUCGUUUCGGUUCCCAUACUGAGCGCAGAAUUCUGUGAUUAUAUGUUUCAACAGUUGGGAUACAAUGAUGUAAUGAAAUGGGGAAAACUGUGCGCCGGUGUCAUAGAUGGUGGUAGGGAUGCCUGCGCUGGUGAUAGUGGGGGUCCUUUGACUGUAAGGAGGAGUGAGGAUAAUAAAUGGCUUUUGGUCGGCAUUAUAUCAAACGGCAUUAAAUGCGGUCAGCCCUACACACCUGGACUCUACACUCAGGUCUCAGCUUUUGUCGAUUGGAUUAAUGCAGUCAUUGAUAACGAUGCAAAGUAUUUGUAA